AUGUCGAAUAAUCCUUGGGCCGAAGGAGGGAAUGAUAAUGGAUGGGAGGAUGUUGGUCCCCGUCGCAAUGGGCAGCCCGCAGCAACAGACACAACAAACCCUCAAACCGUCCCUACAAUCCUAAGACCCGGCGGCGCCUUUGAUAAUCAGGACGAACAACAGGCUUGGGGGGAAGCCAUAGGACAGCCGAGCGACCAGCGAAUCCCCCAAGAAACGCCAGAUGCACUAAAACCGGGCAGAACAGGAACAAAUCCUUUUCUACGAAAAAAGGUCCCCCAAAGACAGGAAGAGCCGCCGACCGAUACUUUCGCGAAAUUGGGUCUCGAUGAGCCCAACACAAACCCAUGGCAGCCGGCAAUUGAUGCGCAAAGUGCUUCACAACAACCACAAGCACCUGCGCAACCAAUUCCAAACCUUUUGGACGAUAACAUCCCCAGAGAUAGAUGGACACCCACGCCAGAACCAUUACCUGCCGGAUCACCAGGUAUGGUCUCGCUACUAUCAGACAGAGGAUCUUCCGCUUGGGAUGACGACCCAUUAGGGAAAAACGAGAAACCACCCGUGCCACCUAUGAAGCUCUCUGAAGAGAUCACCGGGGAUACAAGUAUAUGGGAUGAUGCAGGUAGUGCUGAAAAAGGCAAAGCCAAAGCCAUGGGAGAGGCGAGGUCAGGAUCGCCCGAUGAUUGGAAUCUGAUAGAAUCAGAACCUUCAACAAGCCCCAUCAAAGAGACCUCAACUGAAAAGCCCCCAUUGCCACCUAGACAACCAACGCUGCCAACAGAUGCAUCAUCUUGGAGACCCUCUAGAGACCCAAUUGAUGGAAAGACUGAGACGUAUCAAAUCAAAAACAUACACUGGCAUGACUCAAGCUCGUCAAAGAACCCACGCAUAUCCCCAAUCUUGAUCCAGAAUGCAAACGGACCCUGUCCCCUUGUUGCUCUGGUCAACGCACUUACGUUGACAACGCCUGCCGAUAUCGAAGACACUGCCCUUGUACAGACCCUUCGAUCAAGGGAGCAAGUAAGCUUGAAUUUGCUUCUGGACGCUGUUUUUGAUGAGCUCAUGUCACCACGCCGAACUAGCUCCGAGGAUGCUCUGCCAGACGUCGGUGACUUGUAUGCGUUUUUACAAAGCUUGCAUACUGGCAUGAAUGUCAACCCACGCUUCAUCCCAUCAGAAAGUAUCAGAGAAGCUUACAAGCGUACGUCAUUGACGCAUCUGCAUCCUGCCGAACGAGGAGAUCUGAUCCCGGGAACUUUUGAGAAUACGGCUGAAAUGGGCUUGUAUGCUACGUUUUCCAUUCCACUGAUCCAUGGAUGGCUGCCACCAAAGAAUGAACAUGCGCAUGAUGCGCUGGAACGACAAGCUGCAUCAUAUGAGGAUGCCCAAAACCUCCUUUUCCGAGAGGAAGAGCUUGAACAAAAGUUGUCAGAUCCUGAAGGCGGACUUAGCGAGUCUGAGCAGCAGCUAUACCAAGACAUCAUAAUCAUCAAGGAGUUUCUGGAAAGUUCGGCCACUCAACUUACGCCCUGGGGCAUCGAAGUUAUUGGCAAGGCCAUUAGACCUGGUACUUUUGCCAUUCUCUUCCGAAAUGACCACUUCAGCACGUUGUACUGCCACCCGCAAUCCAUGCAGCUCAUUACGUUAGUGACAGACGCGGGUUUCAAAUCCCAUGAUGAGAUUGUGUGGGAGACACUAUCGGAUAUCAAUGGCGGGAACACCGAAUAUCUUUCUGGCGACUUCCGGGUUGUAGGCUCAGGCGGUGCUGGUCCCUCGACAAGCGCAGGAAACUACUCCAGCAAUGACGGUGGGGAGUGGACGACAGUGCAGAAUAGACGGGGAAAAGCGCCGGAGGCUGGCGAAGCCCCGAUGAGCGCAAGCGCCGAGCAAGAAGAUCGGGACUUGGCCCUUGCGUUACAAUUACAAGAGGAGGAAGAGGAAAGGCAUAGAGCAGAGGAGGCGCGAAGACGGAGAGAGAGCAUGCUUUCUGAACAGUUUAUUGAGCAGCAAGCUCUUCAACCGCCGAAUGCAACACGUGGAAAUCGUGGAGGUAGAGGAGGUCGUGGAGGAGGUCAAGUUGGAAGAGGAGCCCCGCGAGGCGGAGGUGUCACUCGAGGAGCCAGUGGUCUCGUCCCUGGGCGCAACAGUUCUGUCAGCGCACCUACGACAAAUACGAUCAACGCACAGCCCAGAAUACCCACGCAAAGGGUGCGAUCACUUAUCCCGAAUCAGCCACCUCGGCCGGCAGUGUCGCGACCGGCAGAUGAAGCAGCAGACGAUGCCCCGCCGUCUUACGAGCAAUCGGCACACGAUAGAACGUACCAACCACCAGUGGGACACCCUUCUCAUGCUGGCAGCAGCCCCACGAUAUCAAGACAGACAACGGCUACGAGUACGAACCCGCCGAUGCCGAUGCAGAGACCUUUUGUUCAGUCUGCAGGCAGACGACCGCCGGGUCCGGGGGUUGGGGUGAAUGGUGGUGUGCAGAAGGAGAGGGACUGCAUUGUGAUGUGA